AUUCAAAUGUGAUUUCGAGAAACCAAUCUCAAUUUCUACUUUUGAUUUUGAGAUCUCACAUCAAAUCACAGUAUACUUUAACUUUGAUUUGUUUGGGUUUAUUGAUUCAUCCUCUAUUUCUUCAUUAAUUGGAAGAGAUGGAGGCAAAUGCUGGAUUGGUGGCUGGAUCGCAUAAGAGGAAUGAGUUGGUGAGAAUACGGCAUGAUUCUGAUGGAGGGCCUAAGCCCUUGAAGAAUUUGAAUGGGCAGAUAUGCCAGAUUUGUGGUGACACCGUUGGCCUUACUGAAACUGGUGAUAUCUUUGUUGCUUGCAACGAGUGUGCGUUCCCAGUUUGCCGCCCAUGCUAUGAGUAUGAGAGGAGAGAUGGAAAUCAGUCCUGCCCUCAGUGCAAGACUAGAUACAAAAGACACAAAGGGAGCCCAAGGGUUGAUGGUGAUGAUGAUGAGGAUGACAUUGACGACUUGGAGAACGAGUUCCAUUAUCCUCAAGGAAACAAGGAUAGGCGCCAAUGGCAGGGGGAUGAUGCUGACCUUUCUUCAUCUGCUAGACAUGAAUCUCAGCAGCCACUUCCCCUUCUCACUAAUGGGCAACAAGUAUCUGGUGAAAUUCCAAGUAUUACACCCGACAACUUAUCUGUAAGAAGUACGUCGGGCCCAUUAGGACCUGGUGACAAGCAUGUCCACUCACUUCCAUACAUCGAUCCCAGGCAACCAGUUCCUGUAAGAAUUGUGGACCCAUCGAAAGACUUAAACUCUUAUGGCCUCGGUAAUGUUGACUGGAAGGAGAGGGUGGAAGGGUGGAAGCUAAAACAAGAGAAAAAUCUGAUGCAAAUGACAAACAGACAUGGUGGGGAAGGAAAAGGAGGUGAGAUUGAGCGCACCGGAUCAAAUGGAGAAGAAUUGCAACUGGCUGAUGAUGCUCGCCAACCAAUGAGCCGAGUCGUGCCUAUUUCAUCAACUCAUCUUACUCCAUAUCGUGUUGUAAUCAUUCUACGGUUGAUUAUCUUGGGUUUCUUUUUGCAAUACCGUUGCAGUCAUCCGGUGAAUGAUGCUUAUCCCUUGUGGCUGGUAUCUGUUAUCUGUGAGAUCUGGUUUGCAUUAUCAUGGCUUCUUGAUCAAUUCCCGAAAUGGUCUCCUGUCGAGCGUGAGACCUACCUUGACAGACUUGCAUUGAGAUUUGAAAGGGAUGGAGAGCCAUCACAGCUAGCUCCUAUCGAUGUGUUUGUGAGUACCGUGGAUCCUCUAAAAGAACCUCCUCUCAUCACUGCAAACACUGUGUUGUCGAUUCUAGCUGUUGAUUAUCCUGUGGAAAAAGUCUCAUGCUAUGUAUCUGAUGAUGGUUCUGCAAUGCUCACCUUUGAGUCCCUCUCCGAGACGGCAGAGUUUGCACGGAAGUGGGUCCCUUUUUGCAAGAAGCACAGUAUUGAGCCCAGAGCACCCGAGUUCUAUUUUGCUCAGAAGAUAGAUUACUUGAAGGACAAGAUUCAGCCUUCGUUUGUCAAGGAACGUAGAGCUAUGAAGCGAGAGUACGAAGAAUUUAAGGUGCGGAUCAAUGCCCUUGUAGCCAAAGCACAAAAGAUGCCAGAAGAAGGCUGGACAAUGCAAGAUGGAACUCCUUGGCCUGGAAAUAACCCCAGGGAUCAUCCAGGAAUGAUCCAGGUGUUCUUAGGACACAGUGGAGGUCUUGAUACAGAUGGCAAUGAGCUACCACGUCUAGUUUAUGUUUCUCGUGAGAAACGUCCAGGUUUCCAACAUCACAAGAAAGCCGGUGCUAUGAAUGCUUUGAUACGAGUUUCUGCUGUUCUGACCAAUGGUGCGUAUCUUUUGAACGUCGAUUGUGAUCACUACUUCAACAACAGCAAAGCUCUUAAAGAAGCCAUGUGUUUCAUGAUGGAUCCUGCUUAUGGAAAGAAGACAUGCUAUGUUCAAUUUCCACAAAGAUUUGACGGGAUUGAUUUGCACGAUAGAUAUGCUAACCGAAACAUCGUUUUCUUUGACAUCAACUUGAAAGGGCUGGAUGGUAUUCAGGGCCCAGUCUACGUGGGAACAGGAUGUUGUUUCAACAGACAAGCUCUUUAUGGAUAUGAUCCGGUGUUGGCCGAGGUCGAUUUAGAACCAAACAUUAUCGUCAAGUCCUGUUGUGGUUCACGAAAGAAAGCGAGGCAUAGCAACAAGAAGUAUGUAGAUAAAAAGAGAGCAGUGAAAAGAACUGAAUCAACCAUUCCCAUUUUCAACAUGGAAGAUAUGGAUGAGGGUGUUGAAGGAUAUGAUGAAGAAAAGUCGCUACUCAUGUCUCAAAGGAGCUUAGAAAAGCGAUUUGGUCAGUCUUCGGUAUUCAUUUCUGCUACUUUUAUGGAGAUGGGAGGCAUUCCACCCACAACAAAUCCCGCUACUCUUUUGAAAGAGGCUAUCCAUGUCAUUAGUUGUGGUUAUGAGGAUAAGAGCGAAUGGGGUAAAGAGAUUGGAUGGAUUUACGGAUCGGUGACGGAAGAUAUCUUGACGGGAUUUAAGAUGCAUGCAAGAGGAUGGAUUUCUAUUUACUGCAUGCCUCCACGGCCAGCGUUCAAGGGUUCUGCUCCAAUCAAUCUUUCUGAUCGUUUGAACCAGGUUCUUCGAUGGGCUUUAGGUUCAAUUGAGAUCUUACUCAGCAGACAUUGCCCCAUCUGGUACGGGUAUAAUGGUAAAUUGAAACUCUUGGAGCGGAUCGCAUACAUCAAUACCAUCGUCUAUCCUCUCACCUCCAUCCCGCUGCUUGCGUAUUGUGUGCUUCCAGCCGUCUGCCUUCUCACAAAUAAGUUCAUCAUUCCUGAGAUUAGCAACUUUGCUAGCAUGUGGUUUAUUCUUCUUUUCAUCUCCAUUUUCGCUACCGGAAUCUUGGAGCUACGUUGGAGUGGUGUGAGCAUCGAAGAUUGGUGGAGAAACGAACAAUUUUGGGUGAUUGGUGGCACCUCCGCACAUCUCUUUGCCGUCUUCCAAGGUCUCCUCAAAGUUCUUGCUGGAAUCGACACCAAUUUCACCGUCACGUCAAAGGCAAACGAUGAAGACGGUGAUUUCGCAGAGCUCUACAUUUUCAAAUGGACYGCKCUCCUCAUCCCUCCAACCACCGUCYUGAUCGUGAACUUGGUCGGAAUCGUGUCUGGUGUGUCAUCAGCCGUUAACAGCGGGUACCAGUCGUGGGGCCCAUUGUUCGGGAAACUGUUUUUUGCCUUUUGGGUCAUUGUUCAUUUGUACCCGUUCCUCAAGGGUUUGUUGGGUCGACAAAACCGAACGCCUACAAUUGUCAUCGUGUGGUCGAUUCUUCUUGCUUCGAUAUUCUCAUUGUUGUGGGUGCGCAUUGACCCCUUCACUUCCGAUAACACGCUUGAUGCUACACGCGGGCAAUGUGGCAUCGAUUGUUAGGUU